CUUUUGCGCUCAACAGCUCAAGAGCUUGCGUGGCUCCUAGUAACGCAUUCAAACCGCCAUACUUCCCGACAAUAAUGGAUGAAUAUUUUUGUUAAUCCCACCCGGAAGCGACGCGUAGUAGGAGACGAUGAGGGGCACCCUCCUCCUCUCCCGGUUCGGUCUGCAUCGGGGAUUCCAGGGUCUUGCGCGAACAAUCCCCCGAGUCCGGCCUCUUCACACAUCUUCAAUACACCAAUAUGGAGGGCAGAAGCAUGGAUGGUCAUCACAAUGGGGAAGCGCAAGACGAAAUUUUCGACGGCCUCCAUGGGCCGGUACGCUCCUACUUGGUGCCCUCAGUCCUGCAGCCUUUGUUCAAUUGAGCGAAACGCAUUCGGAGCAAGGCAAGACUGGAGAACAGCAGAUGCUUGAAGCCUCACGCCAAGAGAUAAAUGAGGCAGUCCCAAAGAUUUUACGAUCGUCGCGUCGAGUACGACGAACAAUAUACUUCUGGCUAGACACAUAUAUCAUCGAACCUAUAGCUACCGGAUUACGAUUCGUUCACCUUGUCUUUAUUUUCGUUCCAGUCAUUUUAACAGUACCAGUCAUCUGGUUUGGACGUCGGAAUAAAGACCGCGAUGAUGAACGAAGUGGAACACUAUGGUGGUAUGCAUUCCUGGUCAGCUCGAUGGAACGGGCUGGAGCGGCCUUUAUCAAGCUAGGACAAUGGGCCGCCUCACGAUCCGACAUUUUUCCAGACGAAUUAUGCGCCAUCAUGUCUUCGCUGCAUUCCAAUGCUCCGGCCCACUCGCUCGCAGCAACAAAACGUACCAUUGUCGAUGCAUUCAACGGUCGGCCGUUUGAUGAUAUUUUCGAGGAGUUUGAAGAAAAGCCUCUCGGCGUGGGCGCCAUUGCUCAGGUAUACCGCGCCAAAUUGAAACCUGAUCUCGCUAUACCUGUCGAUCCCAAAUUCGAUGCGCCGGAGCAGAAGACCCUGCGGCAAAAGGUCCGAAAAAAUGUCGACACUUUAGUGAAGAGCAUGCCUCAGCGGGUUCCCUCGUCCUAUGUCGCGAUCAAAGUUCUGCAUCCGUCUGUGGAACGUGUCGUUCGGCGAGAUCUCCGUAUAAUGGGCUUCUUUGCCGCCCUCAUCAACUACAUACCGACCAUGGAAUGGUUGUCAUUGCCGGACGAGGUGGCACAAUUCGGGGAGAUGAUGAAACUCCAACUCGAUCUUCGCAUUGAGGCUGCCAACUUGGUCAUGUUCCGAAAAAACUUUAGGGCGCGGACCACAGCCUGGUUUCCAUACCCUUAUACUGAAUAUACCACAAGGCAAGUUCUUGUGGAGGAAUAUGCCAAUGGCAUCCCAUUAUCCGCAUUUCUCGAAAAUGGUGGCGGCGAUUUCGAGCAAGACCUGGCGAACGAGGGCCUUGAUGCCUUUCUCCGCAUGCUGCUGAUUGACAACUUUGUCCAUGCAGACCUCCAUCCUGGCAACAUUAUGGUGCGCUUCCACAAAUCAGAGCAGCCCGAUUUUCGCAGGCGCCAGCCUGAUGGUACAGAUCCUUCAUCUCAAAACCCCGGUCAAGCUGUAGACGUCACAGAAGAAGUGUCACACCAAUUGAUCCCGCAUCGGCACGAUCCUGAAGCGUGGACUGCAGAGCUAGCCAAUAUUGAAAGAGCAGGAUACAGGCCGCAACUAAUUUUCAUAGACACUGGCCUUGUCACAGAACUUAACGAGAUGAAUCGUAGAAAUUUUCUCGAUCUCUUCAAAGCAAUUGCCGAAUUCGAUGGAUACCGAGCAGGGCAUUUAAUGGUUGAGAGAUGCCGUCAGCCCGAUGCGGUCAUUGACGAAGAGAUAUUUGCUCUGAAGAUGCAGCAUCUAGUUCUCGGCAUCAAGUCUAGAACAUUUGCCCUUGGAAAUAUCAAGAUCGGAGAUGUUCUCAAUGAAGUCCUGUCAAUGGUUCGCACACAUCACGUUAGACUUGAAGGAGAUUUCGUCAAUGUCGUUUUGAGUUGUCUGCUAUUGGAGGGCAUUGGACGCACUUUAGAUCCCAAUCUCGAUCUGUUCAAGAGUGCACUGCCUAUUUUGCGCCAGCUCGGCGCACAGAGCGGUGGCUCUAUGCUUCGCAGUGGAGAUAUAUCAAUGCUCAAGGUCUGGGUGGGACUUGAGGCCCGUGGGUGGCUUCGCGCGUCGGUAGCAGAUGUUGAGCGCUGCGUCAAAUACGAUCAAUUAUCGCCUAACAUAUAGAAUUCUAUGCUCUCCGUCCCAUCCUCGGAGUUGACAUCAAGGAAUUCGUUGCCUAGUUCCUGAAUUAUAGCGGCGAUAUCAAGGCAUGUCUCUCCCUAGUGUGCAAAUUAUAUUAUCAUGAAAGCAGAGCGACAUGCACACGGGAUUGAAUCCAAGAACAACUACGCUCAAUUCAUUCUCACAGCCUCAAGGUCUAGAAUCAUUUAUCUUGGCUUGAUUAUGUCUCCUCUAAUCUCUAUUCCAUUUCCUUUCCUUUUUCUUUGGUUAUUGCUUGGGUCGUUCUACUAUCACGCAAGCCAGCAGCCUAAGCAUGCACAUGUACACGUGCACUGUCAUCUCAUAUUAUAUCAUAUCAGGCUUAGACGAGUUGAAUAUGGCGUUUAAUGAUUUGGGCCUGUUUUCAAGCAGAAAUAACAAUUCCAUUCUUUUCUUGAUCCAG